AUUCAGAAACAGUGAAAACGUUCGAAACAGCGAUUCGAAAAAUCGCCGACAGAGAAACGGACGACCGUGCGACCGAAAAUGAACAGUCUACUUAAAGUUUUCGUUGUGUUCAUCAUGGUUUUUCACGUGCAACGUUUAGUGAUCGCAAGACCCAACAGGAUAAAGCGCGUCUCCGACUCGCACUUGGCCGAUCUCGAGACCAGGCUGGCGCUCAGCAGGAUGAAACAGGUGGCGAUCACUUUGCCAAUCACGGCGGGCCUGAGGAACCCGGCCGAGAUAGGCCGACGACGUAGGUCAGAGUCACGCUUCCUCGAUGUGCUGUUCAACCAAUCGGAGGAAGACAACGAUUCAAUAAACCCGGAUUACGAUUACAAAUUCGACGUCCUCAAGUUCCAAUAAGACCGAACGACUUACCUUAAGACUGGGCAGCUUGAAACGUACUUACAAAUUUGUUUAAAAUUUGAAUCUCUGAUUUGUUUCGACGACAAACCUUCCCAAACAAAUUGGAGGUUCAAUAUAAAUUUAUUUUGAAUCUUCAUAGGUUUGUAAAAGAAAAACGGGUUUAAAUGAUGCAGUAUUAUUUUUUAUAUGUGUACAUUGAUUUUAAUUUAUUUAAGUGUGAAUGUUGUUUGUUAAUUGUGGAUCUAGUCUGAAAUUAAUUUAUUAUUAUGAUUGUGUUGUGAAAAUAUUUUGAAAUUGUUACUUUUGUAUUUAAUUUAUUUAUUGAAUAAAUGUUAUACAAAC